AUGGGUGCUAAUACUUCUUCGCCAAAAGAUAGACUUUCGCUGAGCGACCUCCGUGCCAGGAAGUCACAGACACCUUACAAAGUCAGUCCCUUUAUCGUGGAAAUGAAAAAAGAGAAUCAGUGGAAAUUUCAGUUAAAUGCUCUCAAAGACACAAACAAGCUGCUGGUGAUCGAGUUCACGGCCAAAUGGUGUGGACCAUGUAAAUUCCUUGAGCCGAAGCUUGAAGAUUUAGCGGCUAAGUACACCGAUGUUGAGUUUGUGAAAAUUGAUGUUGAUGUGAUAAUGAGUGUGUGGAAGGAGUACAACCUUUAUACUUUUCCUGCGGUUAUAUUCAUGAAGAGAGGACAAGAAGUAGACAGAGUUGUUGGUCUGAAGCUUGAUGAGAUAGAGCAAAAGCUCCACAAAUACGCAUAUUCCUUUUGAAAUAUAUGAAGCUUUUACUUGAAUGCCAA